AUGUCAAGCAAAAGAAAUAUUGUCGUGACCGGAUUUGGUCUUUUCGCUGGCUAUACGGACCGUAAUCCCAGUUGGGAAGCUGUGAAAUUGCUUCCCGAUAUGUAUGAAUUUAAAUAUGUGCAAUACCGAAUAGACAAGUUAUUGGUUCCAGUGGAAUUCGAUGCGGUGGAUGAAGUUGUGCCUCAAAUUUGGAAAGGUGAACCCACGCUGGUGAUACAUGCUGGAGUUCAUGGUGGUAUCGAGACCAUUAAUCUGGAAAAAUGCGCCUACACUUCGGGUUAUUGCCGGCCUGGUUUGGCGCGUAAAAAUGAUCUCAAUAAAAACGGCAAGCGCCUCAGUCUGCAGACGAAACUAGACGUAGAUUUCAUCGCAAAAGAGCUAACCAUCGGCGAUGUCCGAUGCUGCUGUUCAACGGAAGUAGGCACAUAUCUGUGUGGAUACAUCUACCUCAAAUCACUGGAAGUCGACCAGGAGCGGACGCUUUUCGUUCACGUGCCGGACGUUGACAGGCCCUACAGCUCCGAGCAAACCAAAGACAUUCUUUUUCAAAUAUUGCAUCAGUGCAUGAAACAGCUUGAUGCUAAACAUAAAUUGUGA